CCUGAGGUGAAUGUGGAGGGGAGGGGGGGGGAAUAGAAACUGCUGCGUGCCUCGCUUUCAGUUUGGGCGGGAAAAAUAAACGGUCGCGCGCCCCUAUUGAAACGUAUGAGGGGGGGAAGAGAAACAGCUGCGCGCGCCACAGAAGGGGGAAAAAGAAACCGCCCGCUGCUUCCCUCACGAUUACCAUUAGCUUUACUAUUAAUUCAGCCAUGAACGGGGCAGGACCCUCGGCCGCUUGCAGGAUUUUGGAAUAUCUAAUCAUUCAGCUUCAGGAUGGAGAAAAGGGCAAGGCAGAAAGAUUUUCAACACUGCAAGGGAUGCUGGUGGUUUUUAUGGACAUUGAAGAUUCUCUUCAGCAGAUGGAUCAGUCCUAUUGUGUAAUUGUCAUUUCAGCAAAAGGUGAUUUUUGCCACCGACUCCUCAGUGAUCAGAUACAGAGAGAAAUUGAAGGCUUGCUGCCUUUAUGCCAGAGGAAGGCCGUGAGUGGAAAGGGGUGUCCUCAUGAACCUCUACAUGCCAUGCCUUUUCAGCUCUCUUUUAAGGUCUGUGAGAAAUCCAGAGUUCUGGAAGAGGAUUGUUUAGCCAUGAAACAGUUCAUCCAUAGGAUCAGCCUUGUACACACAAUGAUCAAUUUUCAUUAUUGUGUAAAAGUGAAUGGACGAAUUUCUGCUGAGACCUAUAGCGCAGGAAGCACAGCCACUACCUGUUUGCCACAAGGGAUGAGACUACUCACUGAUGCGAAUCAUUUUGUGAGGUCAACAUCUAGGGAUGUGAAUAUGUCCUGCAACAAAAUCCACCCAGUGGUGGGUGAGCAAGUUGGUCUCUUCCUUCCAGAUGAAGUAGCCAAAAGAGACUUCAGUGGUGAACUAAGACUAACACCAGUUGUGGCUUUAUGUCCUUGCCUGAAGCCUUUCCCUAAUCAGCUAACUAGGAUAACUGCUCUCUCUGUGUUCCUUUAUGACCCAGCAGGACUGCCUGUACUGUUACCUGCAAUGGGGGCAUCAUGUUCUUUUUUUGAAGAUCCUUCCAGUUUUGCAGCGUGGGAGAAAUACGGCUACAUGGCAACACUGAAUUCAGAUCCAUAUUGGGAGGAAGAUACAGCUAAACCUGAUGUCAAAUACAGACUUCAUGCCAGCCAGAAACAGGACCAGGAGACUUCACAACAACAGACGCUGCUGCUCUUCCUUUUUCUUAAUUAUUCUGACCAAUUUCAGGACAAGCCGGUCUAUAACUUCUGGGACCGGCAAGCGAUCCUGUCCCAUUUUUGCCCCAUUCUUUUGUGCAGCAAGCAGGCAGUGAAAGGUGCCAUCCAAGGAGUGCUCAAUGGCAUCUUAGAGAAGCACCAAAACAUGGUUCGAAACCUGCAAAAAUUGACAUAUGCUUUGCCUGUCAUGGCAGAGUCCAUAUCCAGUAUAGUUUUAAGCAGCACAGAUGGCGAGUUCAGGAAGAAGUGUUUCCAAGGUUUGCAGGUUGCUGAUACCAAGGAGUUUCAGGCCACAAUCAAGGAGACCUUCAAGAAAGUCAUUCUUAAACAAUGGAAGCCCAGUGGGACCUGUGACAUCAGGAGGCUCCAAAAUGAUAAGACAGGGGGGGUCAGUGCAGACCUUGUCUUAUACUCAGAUCAGCAGAAACCAUUUGCAGAACAAGAGACAGAAAAGGGAAAAGGCAGCCAUGAAAAUGAGGAACUUGAUAGAUCAGAGCCUGAUGGAACCAGCAGGAUGAAGAAGAGAAAGCCAAUAAGCACUGACUUCCCUAUAGCCGAUUCAGAAGGUCAAAACGUCUCUUUGGAGGCCGAGGAAGACAGUUUCCCAGCACAACCAGAUGUGGCGAUUUCACACUCUUCUUAUCCAUCCUUUGCUAAAAUUAAAGACCAAGCAAAGCAUGCUGCUUCCUCAGUGAAUGGAGUUGGGAAUAAUGAAAAUCUGUGGCAGGUCCAUCAAGAGGACGAGGACUUUUGGGACCAGGAGGUCUCAAACCUGGCUGAGUGGUCAUUCUGAACUCAAAAGUAUUACAGAUGGAAGACAGCUAUCUUAAAAAAUCCAAAGGAAUGCCAUGGUUUUUUUUGUUUUGUUUUCUGAUGCUCCAGAGGUUAGAAUAUACAAACCAAUGGAUUAAAGAGCUGCGAUUCCAUUUAAA